CUUAGACUGAGCACAUUUCUGGCCGGCGGUCAAAGAUGAAGAAGCAUUUGGGACACCUCAAAGGAAUCACACUGAGCUGCAUUAUCCCUUAUUUAGAACUCGAUCCUUCCAACGCCUCGUCAUGUUUUCUUGUUUACCUAGGGGCAUGGAUGUCCUUCUCUGUCUUUGACUAACCCAACCGAGCUUCAGGGGGUAUGUAAGACAACAGAAUGAUACAUAAAUAUCCGGCCUUCGUUUGACCCGCUGAAUUAUCAAAAACCCAUAGCUAAGCAUGGUGAUGGAAUCUAUUACUAUGUCGACCACAAUGGCGCAAAACGAAUACCAAUUCGACAAUAUUGUCGAUGCCCUCAAAUAUGCUGCGAAUCACACAACAGAGGGCAUCUUGGCGUACCCAGCAGACAAUAUCAGUAACCCACAAGCGGCGCUCAAGCUCUCUUACAGGGAGUUGUUGAAUCAAGCAGAAAUCAAUGCCAGCAAGCUCAAACAGAAAGACCUGUGCAAGACCGGCUCUGUCGUACUUGUCCACUUCGACAAUGCCCUUGACAGCAUCAUCUGGUACUGGUCCGUUAUUUUGGCUGGGGCCAUCCCUUCUGUUACGGGGCCGGGCAUGUUCAGCCAGAAUGCCCUAGACCGCAAGAAGCAUCUCAACCAUCUCUAUAGUACCUUCAAUGGGCCACUAUGCCUCACUCGACGAUCCCUGAUGAGCCCCUUCUCAGAACAAACUGGCGAACAGCGUAUCAAUGUUAGCACCAUUGAAGAAUUGGAUAGUGUAGUUCUCACACAUUCGAGACCCCUGACACCAUCCCCUGAGCUAUCGCCCUCUAGCCUAGCCGCCGUCAUGCUCACAUCAGGAAGCAGCGGUAACGCGAAAGCAGUCCCCUUAACGCACCAACAACUGCUCGCCGCCUUCAGGGGUAAAAGGGAUUCGGCAAAAUUACGCCAUCCAGAGAGCCCCUUCCUGUCGUGGACCCACAUGGACCACGUGGCUAACCUCGUCCAUUGUCACAUCUUCGCCAUCGUGUCUUGCGUCUCGCAGAUCCAGGUUGCGGCCGCCGAUAUCCUUCUCAAUCCGGCACAACUACUGAACCUAGUCAGCCGCCAUCGCGUUUCACGCAUGUUCGCACCGAAUUUCUUGCUGGCCAAGAUACUCAGACUGAUCAAGUCAGGAGGAUCUACGCUGGAUCCGGACCUGAACUUGGAGGCCUUAUACAUAGAUACGGGGGGCGAAGCGAACGUCACUGAAGUCUGUGUGGGGUUGCAAUCGGUGCUGAGCCGUUACGGUGCCCCUGCCGAUGUUUUCAAGCCAUCAUUCGGUAUGACGGAGACUUGUGCUGGAUGCAUUGUCAAUGACAAGUGUCCUAGUUACGACAGCUCCCAGCGUCUGGGUUUUACCUCAUUGGGCAAACCCAUGCCUGGCGUGAGAAUGCGUAUUGCCCGCCUGGAUAGUCCAGGAACUGAAGUCGCCAGAGGCGAACGUGGCAGUCUAGAGAUCACUGGCGAAGCAAUCUUCAAGGGGUACUACAACAACCCUGCAGCCACAGCGGAGGCUUUUACCACCGACGGAUGGUUUAGAACUGGAGAUAACGCCUACAUGGACGAACAGGGCCAUCUGCACUUAGACGGCCGCACUAAGGAGAUGAUCAAUAUCAACGGGGUCAAGUAUCUGCCUCACGAGCUCGACUCGGCACUGGAACAGGCGGAAAUCCCCGGGACAACACCCAGUUAUUUCUGCUGUUUCGCCAUGCGCGACACCUCAAAGGGAGAUACCGAAGUUGUGGUGGUACUCUAUUUGCCUUCGUACGAAGAUGGCGACGAUGAGGCCCGUUACGAAGCCCAGAGUAGCAUUAUCCGUACCUGCAGCAUGCACACCCACUCCCGCCCUAUGGUUGUGCCGCUGCGCGUCCAAGAUAUGCCCAAGUCGACGCUAGGCAAACUAUCGCGAACCAAAUUGAAGGCCGCCCUGGAAGAAGGCAAUUUUGCAGACCAAAAGGCCGUCAACGACGAAGCUAUCGCAAGAUAUCGCCAGAAGGUUCGCGGAGAGCCCGAGACCAUCGAAGAGGCCGCAAUUCUAUAUAUCAUCGUGCAACAGCUCGAAAUGGGAUUCGAAGACGACUUUUCCGUCAACGACUCCAUCUUCUCGACGGGCGCGACGUCUAUGGACCUCGUGGCCAUCAUGCAGCGUCUGAACGGCUUCCUAAAAGCCUCCGGCCACGAGAAGCUCAUCCGUCUAACCGACAUCUUGAAGAACCCAACGGCCAGGGGCAUCGCGUCCCGCGUCGCCGUCUCCACGGGCAAGAAGAAGCACGAGUACGACCCCGUGGUGACGCUCCAGCCACACGGGACCAAGACCCCGCUUUGGCUCGUCCACCCCGGCGUCGGCGAGGUCCUCGUCUUCGUCAACCUCGCGCACCACAUCACCGACCGGCCCAUCCACGCCUUCCGCGCGCGCGGCUUCAACGCGGCCGAAGGCGAAACGCCGUUCAGCUCGCUCGACGAGGUGUUCGAGACGUACCGCGCGGCGAUCAAGAAGCGGCAGCCGCGCGGGCCGUACGCGAUCGCGGGGUACUCGUUCGGCGGGAUGGUCGCGUUCGAGGUGACCAAGCUGCUCGAGGCCAGCGGCGACGAGGUCCGGCUCUGCGGCAGCUGGAACCUGCCGCCGCACAUCAAGUUCCGCAUGCGCGAGCUGCUGUGGGACGAGUGCGUCAUCCACCUGUUCUACUUCGUCGGCCUGAUGGACGAGGCCGCCGCGUACACGCACAAGCCCGCGCUGUGCGCCUUCGAGCGCGAGGGCCGCCGCCUCGACGCCAUCCGCUACCUCAAGAUGUACAGCGACCCCGCGCGCUGGGACGAGCUCGGCCUCGACGAGGAGUACUAUCUUCUCUGGGUCGGUCUCGCGUCGAACAUGCAGGGCCUCGCUGUGGACUACGAACCCGAGGGCAGCGUGGCCAAGAUGGAUGUUUUCGUGGCUGACCCCCUGAGCCAUGUGGCGAAGAACAGGGAGGAUUGGAUCCAGAAUAGGCUGAUGGCUUGGAAGAGCUUCGUAAGGAGCGAUGUGCGUUUCCACCAUGUCGAGGGCGCGCAUUAUACUAUGCUAAAUCCUGAGUAUGUGGUCAAUUUUGCCAAGACGCUUCGGAAAGUGCUGAGGGAGAGAGGGUUGUAAAAGGAAAAGAGUAUUACCUAGAGUUUUUGUAUUGUUAGGUAGCUGAAUACAAUGUUCUUGUCCCUUUAUUCUACCCCUUGUACCGACGCACAGAUAGGUACCUUAUUCAUCAUCGGCACCACUCUCGUUACCACUAUCGUCGAGUGAAGAACAGCAUAUCCCACAAAAUCCUGAUAUUUCGUCAUCUUGUCCACCACCCGUUAUGGAACCCAUCAAUUGAGUCGCGGUGGGACGCAGCAGGAGAUCUUCUUGAAGCAUCUGCUCGACCCAUUCUAGGGUCACGUUAUCUGAUUUCCUUCCCGUAUGCUUUAGUUCUCUAAUAUACUCAUAUACUG